CCGAAGACUGACAGCAUUCGAAAGUUCCGGUUGGAAUGAAAUCGUGCAGUUGCAGAAUUUGCUAGCCACCAUAGGAGCCACAAUGGCGGUUGUCUUCUUCUGGCAGGGCUGUGGAUGUUACUAAAUCCACUAUCAUCGCCCUAAAGAUAGGCCUGGUUGAUUCCCAGAGCCAUUGAUAAUAAACUGGAACAUCUACUGCACACGAAUAUACUAUAAUUUCAGAUCAAUAUAGAAUUUAUAAUAGACAAAAAUAUAUUAAAGGGAACAUGUAAACAGCACCAACCGGGUCAAGUUUUCAUUUUGUUCGUGAAACAACAUCGCCUUUUAAUGACGGCCUCUACUUGUUUCCGAACUCUAGAGCCGUAAAUCUAUGGAACAGUAACACCUUUACUAAGUUUGGCACCGGACAAGGGAAUCUUAAACAAAAGGGACUUAUUUUUUCCUUUGUUUUUUUCCUUACGAAACAGCAUGCUAGCUAAGCAGCAAUAGCUAGCUAGCUAAGUUAGCUGGCUAGCUAAAUAGAAACGGAGACGAGAGCACACGGCUCCGAUUUAUUGUUUGGGCCUUUUUCAGCCACUUACCCCGACUAGCCAGCUAUAUGCUCAUGCGUUUUUGGCACUGGCUACCUACUUCGGUAUUUUUCUGCUUUGACACACCAUGUUGGCGACCUGAUUGGAAUGCACUUGGAUAAUGCAAAAGGACUAAACGUGAGCGGCCUGUUAUGUUUAUGUUGCAUGUGUUUUCUGCUUGCUUAGAACAAUUGGCAUCCUUUUACCGGAUUUUUGGAGCACCACUCUCUUGUUAAUGUAUUUUUUCGGCUACAGAGGCCCACGUUCAGGAGAGGGACCGCCGCUGACGUGAGGAAUGCCUGGGUCGGAUCGACACCAUGGGACCAAGAAGAAGCCGGAAUCAAGCACUAACACAGCCCUGCAGCCUCAAACAGCUAGCGUCAACAGCGGGCUACACCAGUCCCAGGUCCCGCUUCAUACCUCUACAGGAAACAUGACGAGUAAGGACGGUAAACUUCAGUCGAAAUCGUCAAUGUCAUCUGCAUCUUUGAGACGUAAACGGCAUAAAUCAGCCAAACAUGGUCGCGAAUCUUCGGUGGCUCAAGGCCCUUUAGUUUCUACCCUUAGCUCGACGUCGCCUCCUACUGUCAACGUCGUGAAGCCACUGGUAGAAUAUGAUGAUAUCAGUUCCGAUUCGGAUACGUUUUCGGACCCCCCCUCUGCAAAGCUUUCUGAACGAGGUGCAGGAGAGCGAUUAGAUCCUGCUAUAGAGUACGCCAAGGGCGAUGGGGGCGGGGCUGUUAGUGGAAGAGAUAGUAGGAAGCAUCGGCACUCCCGCAAAAAGUCCAAGGACCCAAGUAAAGUUAGAGAGCCUGGGGAUGGGCCGCGGAAUUACAAGAAGAAAAAUAGUAAGGACCGCGACAAAGGGAGCUCUGGGAAGAACAAGGAAAAGGUGGCUUCUGUUGCAUCCGUAGCCUCAGGGUCCCGGCGCCAGGGUCAACUAGAAGCCGAUCCUGGGCCAAAGCGUGGAGAGUUGCCCCCAACCACUCACGUACAACCUGCAGCCAGCGUGGGAAGCUCCACUUCCUCCUCCUCCUCCUCCCGCAGCAAGGAGAGAGGCCGCUCAGGGAAAUCCCGCAAAGACAAGCAGCAGAGGCGAGAGGAGAGGGGGGAGGCCAGCAGCGGCUCCUACCUGAAGGACCGGCCAGAGAAGAACCACCGCAAGUCCUCCAAGGGCCACAAGUCCAGCCCCAAGGGCAAGGCCUCGAGUCGGGGCAGCCCUCGCAGGAAAGGAACAGCCUCCGCUCAGUCUCCCAGUCCCAGAAGAGGGGCUGCCAGCGAAAGCCCCCUGAGCAGCAGGUAUGGCCAAGAGGGCGAGGACAGCUACCACCACAGACGCAGGCCGGCCCAACAGAGCCCCAGUCCCUACAGGGACGUGCCUCGGAGGAGCAGGCAGAGGUCUUCCAGCUAUGAGAGGGACAGCAGCCCUUACUCCAGGAGACGGUCCCUCAGCCCGUACGACAACCGGCGCUCGUCCAGCACCAGCCCCAUGUCCCGGCGUUCAGCUCGCUCCAGGAGCCGCUCCCCUCCGCCUUUCUCCUCCUCCUCCCGCCGCUCGUCCUCGCGCUCCCGCGGCAAGAAGCACUCGUCCGCGGGCGGGAUGGGCGGGGGCUCGCACAGCAGUCGGCCCGCCAGCCCCUCCCCCCCGGCCUCCCGCCUGCCUCUCAACUCCAGUUUGGGGGCGGAGCUCAGCCGCCGGAAGAAAGAGCGCCAGGCGGCGGUGGCGGCCGCUAAAGGCCCCUCCCCUCCCCAGUCGAGCAGGACCACAGGCCCCUCCUCUCGGGCCCCCAAGGCCGAGGCCAGCCCUCCGGAGAGGGACGCGGCCGUGGACUCCCAGCCCCCCCCCACGCCGCCCGUGCUCCAGGACACUGCUGUCAGUGAAGAGCAGGGCGCCGCUCCUUCCUCCUUCUCCUCUCCUGCGCCCCCUCUGCCUCCCAGCCAGGCCGCCACACAUCCCCCUCCCCCCACACCUGCCGCCCCUGCCCCCGAGGCCAACCUUCUCCCCCCCGCAGCCCUCUCCUCCCACGCCUCCCAGCCCAAAUCUCCCGCCCCUGUCCCCACGCGCAGCCCAGCGCGCCCCACGCCCCUCCACAAGACCUCCACCCUGCCGCCCCUACCUCUGCCCCCCAUGCUGCUGGGAGACUUUCAGGACAGUCCAAAGAAGUCCACCCCCCCUCAGAGGUCGUCCCGGAAGGAGAAGGAGAUCCGGGGGAGGCCGUCACUCAUCGACCUGCCUCUCCCCCCCAUGCUUUCGGGGGGAGACCCCUCGCCCCCUCAGUCCCCCGUCCAGCGGGCCUCCGCCACCCCCCCGACCACCCUGAAGAAGAGACCAAAGCUUAUCUGUGCCCCCCUCUCCAGGUUCUGCUGCCCGCGCUACGGCGAGAGGAAACAGACCCAGAGCGACUGGGGCAAGCGCUGCGUGGACAAGUUCGACAUCAUCGGCAUCAUCGGGGAGGGCACCUACGGCCAGGUUUACAAGGCCAAGGACAAAGACACUGGCGAGUUGGUGGCUCUGAAGAAGGUCCGCCUGGACAACGAGAAGGAGGGCUUCCCCAUCACGGCCAUCCGGGAGAUCAAGAUCCUCCGGCAGCUCAACCACCGCAGCGUGGUCAACAUGAAGGAGAUCGUCACCGACAAGCAGGAUGCCCUCGACUUCAAAAAGGACAAAGGGGCCUUCUACCUGGUGUUUGAGUACAUGGACCAUGACCUGAUGGGCCUGUUGGAGUCGGGCCUGGUGCAGUUCUCCCAGGAGCACGUCCGUAGCUUCAUGCGCCAGCUCAUGGAGGGCCUGGACUACUGCCACAAGAAGAACUUCCUGCACAGAGACAUCAAGUGCUCCAACAUCCUGCUCAACAACAGCGGUCAGAUCAAACUAGCUGACUUUGGUUUGGCCCGCCUCUACAACUCCGAGGAAAGUCGGCCGUACACUAAUAAAGUCAUCACUCUGUGGUACCGCCCGCCCGAGCUGCUCCUGGGAGAAGAGAGGUACUCUCCAGCCAUCGAUGUCUGGAGUUGUGGGUGUAUUCUGGGAGAACUCUUCACCAAGAAGCCCAUCUUCCAGGCCAAUCAGGAGCUGCUGCAGCUGGAGCUGAUCAGCCGUCUGUGUGGGAGCCCCUGCCCAGCAGCCUGGCCCGACGUCAUCAAGCUGCCCUACUUCAACACCAUGAAACCCAAGAAGCAGUACCGCCGAAGACUGCGGGAGGAGUUUGCCUUCCUGCCCGCUCAGGCUCUGGACCUGCUGGACCGCAUGCUGACCCUCGACCCGGCGCGGCGCUGCUCCUCGGAGCAGGCCCUCAGCAGUGACUUCCUGUGCAACGUGGAGCCCAGCAAGAUGCCCCCGCCCGAUCUUCCUCACUGGCAGGACUGCCACGAGCUGUGGAGUAAGAAGAGGCGUCGGCAGCGCCAGAGCGGGCUGCCCGAGGACGUGCCUGUGCCCAAAGUGCCCCGGAAGGACCCCACAGGGGCCUCCAGCGGAGAGAACAGUCGGCCCCAGGCCAGUCCUGCCGGAGCCCCGCCUCCACCUCCCGGACGCCCGCCCACCGCUGCCAUCUCAGCCAAUGAACUCGCAGGGCUGGGAGCUGCAGCAGACCAGCUGAACCAGACCGAGCUGGCCCUGCUGUUGAACCUGCUGCAGAGACAGACCGACCUGAGCGUGCCCCAGAUGGCCCAGCUCCUGGGCUCCUCCAGCCAGCCGCAGCUGGAGGUCCUGAGCCGGCCCGCGGCCCCAGGCAGCGAGGCCUCCCGCCACCAGAGGGCCUCCGAGGACCCGGGGCCAACCAGGCCGGCCUCCCAGCCCCCAGAGCCCCCCCCCGAGCCCCGGGGGCUGUCCCCAGCCCCUGGAGACCCCCCUCUUAGCCAGGAAGACCAGGCUAGCUUACUGGCCCUCCUAUUGGGCCAGUUAAUCAAGCCACAGGCUGAAGGGGCGGAGCAAGGGGAUGAAACCAAUGGUGUCCAAUCAGAAGAGGCGAUGACCCGUGGUCCCUCUGCCUCCAGUGCUGAUCGCAAGGAUGGUGCUGUGACAAAGCGAAAAGCCGUCGGCGCAAACCAGCCCCCCCCGUCUUCAGAACGCCGCCCCCCCUCCCCUCCAGGACCUCCGCCUUCGGCCCACCCCCCACCUGGCAUCCAGCCCCCCAGCUCCGAGGCCCAGCCCGGCCAGGACCUCAACCCCGCUGUAGCAGCAGCUCUGCUGCAGCUCAUCUCCCAGCAGGACCCCGAGGCUGGCGGCCCCCAGCCCAGCAAGGACCCUUCCCCUGCCGUGGACACCCCCAUCAGGGGACAGCCGCCCCCCGCCUGGGGGGCAGACACCCCUCCCAAACCCUCGCCUGGUUGCGAGGCCCCCGCAGGACUGGCCUCCGCCGCCCCUGCGGCCACAGCACAGUUCCCCAAGGACCAGGACCUCCGCUUUGCCCAUGGAGCUGGUCGCUGACCGCGGUGGCGUCCCUGGGUCACGGGGCCCGGGCAGCAGAGGGCCAGGGCUGCACGGACACUAGUGAUGACGAGGACGUGGACUCAGUCUCUCGCGAGGUGGGAGCAACUGCUUUGCGGAGUCCGGGCCGGCUGGAACGAUCAGACAGCAGCUCGCGGGAGGCAGACUAGAUCUGGGUGGUGUUUGUGGACUGGUGGCGGUGCUGACUCGCAUCGCCGACCUUGCCUUCUCUCCCUCCUCCUCCCUCAUAGUGCUGGCCGAUCCAGCUUCCACACAUGGAAUGUGAUUUCGCCGUCGAUCGAUUCUUUUUUCGUUUUUUUUUUUUUUCGUUUUCUUUUCGAGUAAAUCAAAUGAUUGUCAAGUGUUUACUGCCGCGCCCACUGCGACGAGGCUGUCGAUGUGUGUUUUGGAGUCUGGCGACGUCAGGGUCUACCUGCAGGUAGGCUGGUGUGGCUAGCGUUCGUGACCAGCCAGGUUUACACAGCUGGUGUGCGUGCGGUGGAUGGAGGUGGGCUCGGAGCCCCAUCAGGAAAUGUGCAGGUACAGUCCUAAACACUGGAGGAGCAGAAUGAGUUGACUGUUCUGCCGGCGAGCUCCCGAUCUUCGACUUUGCCUCCUCUGUGACCUUAGAGACCCCUGAAUGACCUUUGCCCCUCCCAGAUAAGUGCUUUGUUUGUUUUGUUUGUUUACCUCUGUUCUAGAAGGCUCAUGCAGAGAAGACAAAAGAUAACACAAAUAUACAAUUGGCCCCUUUCAUGUGUCCUUAUCUCUAGACAAAAGUGCUGAAGAUGGGUCUUUUGUCUCCCUUGUUCGUCCGUCACACCUUCAUAUAGCACUGCUUCAUGGCGUUUUACCUGCAGAGAUGGACACGUCCACUGACAGCACACACCGACUCUGUAGUAACAGCUUUAUGUGCCUGUAGCCUUCAUGCGCCCCCUCAUUACUCACUGCAGAGCCAGUACGGUUAAGGACAUCUCUCUCUCUCUCUCUCUCUCUCUUUCUCUCUCUCUCGCUCUCUCUGAUAGCUCCAUGCUCUCUGUUCGACUUCACCAACCCCAUCAAGUCACUCUUUCCCAGCUAUACGGCUACCUGUCCGUGCCCCCUGAGCCAGGACGCCUGUGGAGCUUCUCCUGUCGGUCUCUGAAAGCCUGCUGUGCUGUCCGCCUUCUGGCCCUCUGGCCCUCUGCCUCCCCCCACUCCCCCCCUCCUCCCCCCUGAUCAACUGUGCAGCAAAAGCUUUUUGUGUGAUUCUUUUUUACUUACAAGUUACAUGCAGAAAUAAUGGUCCAUGGUUUCGUUUUUGUUUUGAUUUGUGAAGGGGCAAUGGAGAUGAGCUCAUCUGGUGUCAAGUGACUGUAAAAAAUGAUAUUUUGUAAUAUGUGUUUUUUUCGGUUAAGUUUAAUAAAAGGAAAUCAUGUGACCAAUUAAAA